UCAAAUUGGCAUGGAAUUUUGGAAACAGCUGUGUGCAGAACAUGGCAUAAGUCCAGGUGGGAUGUUGGAAGAGUUCGCUACUGAGGGCACAGACAGAAAAGAUGUUUUCUUCUACCAGGCUGAUGAUGAGCACUAUAUUCCGAGGGCUGUUUUGUUGGAUCUGGAACCAAGAGUGAUAAACACUAUCAUGAACUCGCCCUACAGUAACCUGUACAACCCAGAAAAUAUCUACCUGUCCAAACAUGGUGGAGGAGCUGGUAAUAACUGGGCUAGUGGAUAUGGUCAGGCAGAGCAGUUAUAUGAAGAGGUGUUUGAUAUAAUUGAUAGAGAAGCUGACGGAAGUGACAGUCUCGAGGGUUUUGUACUGUGUCAUUCUAUAGCUGGAGGUACAGGAUCUGGUAUGGGAUCAUAUAUAUUGGAACGUUUAAAUGAUAGGUUUCCAAAGAAACUGAUUCAAACUUAUUCUGUAUUUCCCAAUUUGGACGAGAUGUCAGAUGUUGUUGUCCAACCAUACAACUCCAUAUUAACUCUGAAACGCCUCACACAGAAUGCUGAUUGUGUCGUAGUUUUAGAUAACACAGCAUUAAACAGAAUAGCAGCCGAAAGGUUACAUAUAGAGGCACCAUCUUUUGAACAAAUAAAUCAGCUGGUAUCAACUGUUAUGUCUACUUCAACAACAACACUCCGUUACCCUGGUUACAUGAACAAUGAUCUGAUUGGUUUAAUAGCUUCGCUUAUACCUACACCACGGUUACACUUCCUGAUGACAGGCUACACACCACUCACUACAGACGCACAGGUUGCUAGUGUCAGAAAAACAACAGUGCUUGAUGUGAUGAGAAGAUUAUUACAGCCAAAGAACAUGAUGGUGUCAACACCAGUGACACGACAUACCAACCAUUGUUACAUCUCUAUACUGAAUAUCAUACAGGGAGAGGUAGACCCAACACAGGUUCACAAAAGUUUACAGCGUAUCAGAGAGAGGAAGUUAGCACAGUUUAUACCAUGGGGACCAGCCAGCAUACAGGUGGCGCUUUCUAGAAAAUCUCCAUAUAUACCGUCUGCUCACAGAGUCAGUGGUCUGAUGUUAGCCAAUCAUACAAGCAUUUCUACUCUGUUUGGUAGAACGUUACAACAAUAUGACAAGUUGAGAAAACGUGAAGCAUUUUUGGAUCAGUUCAAGAAAGAAAAUAUGUUUAAAGACAAUUUGGAUGAGUUUGAUGAUUCAAGAGAAUCGCUCCAGCAACUGGUGGAUGAAUACGCUGCUGCUACCAAGCCGGACUACUUGUCAUGGGGCGCACACAAGGCUGGUGGUGGUGAACAGCUUUAACAAGACAAAAAUCAAAAGUGCUCAGAGGAAUUUGGUACAUACAGCAAACAAUAUCAGCUUGUGUUACUGCAAAGUUUGUGAGAAGAAAACAUUUCUGACAAUUGAGAAAUGAUAGUUUCAGCUAUUCAAGCUGGUCAAUGUAAAUUGUACAGUGCUAUAAACUGAACAUCUGGGGAAAGUUUGCAAGGAGUUACUAAUGAUAUUUGAACUUUUAUUAUUCAACUUGCAUCGACAACAGACAAAGUGCUAUUGUUGUCUUCAUGAUCUGUGAUUAAUUUAUAUCAUGCUAAUAUAAAUUUGACAUAA